AAAAAUGGAGCUGGGGAAAGGAAAGCUACUGCGAACUGGCCUCAAUGCCCUAUACCAGGCCAUACAUCCUAUGCAUGGCAUUGCGUGGACGGAUGGAAAGCAAGUGAUACUGACUUCUUUCUAUCUACGUAACGGGGAACCUGAAUUCGGCAGCUCCAAUGUGGUGGGUCAGUUUGAACACGUCCACGGACUCUACUGGGGUCCAUCAUGCACUGAAGACGUCCCUGCGCUUCUUGCCAUUCAGCAUAAAAAACACAUAACCAUGUGGCAACUCUGCUACAGCGCUUUAGAAAGAAAUAAGCUUAUGGUUUAUCAAAUCAGUGAAAUUGGCGAGCUGUUUCCCAUACUCCCCCAGGGCUGCAUAUGGCACCCCAAAAGAGAAAUCUUGGCUGUGCUAACCACACGGGACGCUUCGGUCCUGCACACGGUUCGCCUCAACAAUUCCAGGAUCAAAGCUGACAUCAAAGGCACUGGGCUCGUCCACUGUGCUUGCUGGACUGAAGAAGGCAACCGCUUGGUAAUUGGAAUCGGCAGUGCCCUCCAUUCCUAUAUUUGGGACGACGGUCAGAAAACUUUGAAUGCAUGUUCUUUUUGCCCAAUAUUUGAUGUCGGGGGUUACAUCUGUGCAGUUGAAGCCACUUUAAAUUCCCAAGUGGCUGUUGCUACCGAACUUCCUCUAGAUAAGAUAUGUAGCUUGAAUGCGGGGAUGGCUUUUGAAAUCCCAGCUGAUGCUGUCUCUAACUCCGUUCCUUCACAAACUACCUCACUGAGCUGUGAAGAAGAGUUCUCUAUGGAUGCUGGGAAGAAGUUACUGGACCAAGAACAGUCUGUACCUGUUGGAACAGGCGCAUCUUCACCUGUAGAUCUGACCCAUAUUCUUCCAAGCAAACCACGAUCAGACAACACUCCUCUCAUUCAUCUAAGAGCAAAGGACUACCUGACAGGAAGUGGCCAAGAUGCUUCACACCUGAUCUUGGUGACUUUUGAAAAAAAGGUGACAGCUACCAGAAGAGUCAGCAUCCCGGGUAUUUUGGUCCCGGACAUAAUGACCUUUGACCAUAAAAAUCAGAGUGUGGCCAUUGCGUCCAACACUUGCAAUAUAAUUUUGGUUUACUCGUUAACUUCAUCCCACUUACCAAACAUUCAACAAAUUCAACUUGAGAAAAGCGAGAGGCCAAAGGGAUUGUGUUUCCUCACAGAGAAACUGUUACUGAUACUGGUUGGGAAACAGAAAUUAACAGAUCCCGCUUUUCUUCCAUCCUCACGAUCAGACAAGUACCUUCUUCGUUUGAUGAUCAAAGAAAUCAUCUGCAAAGAGGGUUCCUCUGCACUUUCCAGUUCCGCUCUAGUUGGUUCUGUAAGCCUGUCUGUGAAAAGAGAGGUCCUUGAAAUGCAUUCAGACGCUCAGCCUCUAAGUGACGGAUUGCUCCUCCCGGGCUGCACAGUAAUUCACUCUCCUAGAAGUAAAACAAAACUCAUUGAAGAAAUUAAGAGUCCUGCUAAUGAACAAAACCUGUUGAUGAGUGCAGUUGACUUAAAGGGAAAGAACGUUUCCAAGGAUUUCCCCCAAAUCCUAGAAACUUUGGAUACUGAACCAACAAAUCGUUCCAUGGUUCUUCAAGGGAUUCAGUCAUCGACGGACUUACCAGCUUCCCCAAACAAGCAAGUGCAGAGAUCUCCUGAAACAUUAAAUGCCUCAAAUGAUGUCUUGCGAGGUGAAAAGGAAGCCAGUUACUUACCUAAAAAUCUCGAAAGACUGUGUAGCAGCUUUACAGAGUUGCAGCAUCAGCUUUUUGAACUAACUGAGCUUCUGAAAUCUGGGAAAAAAUCUCUGCCAGGAUACCCAUCUUCUCGUGAACCCUCUUUCGUCAAUAUCACUUGCCAGAAGGAGUCCUCUGGAACUGUGACACUUGAAAAGCGAGCUGUUAUCCUCUGUGAUGGCAAACUUCGUCUAAAUAUAGUUCAGCAGAUUUUCAACCUGUGUCUUGUUGAAAUGCAGCAUGGUUUGUCCUGGAUUGUUCUCACUGCAGACAGCGAGGGCUUUAUUCCGUUGACCUUCAGCACGCUGCAGGAGAUAGUAAUCAGAGAUGCUUGUGCCAACCCUCACGAAGACAGCGUUCAUUCUUCCAAAACCCUGGACAUUGUCAACUCUGCUGGAGGCUACAGAAAGCUUUCUUCUCAAAGUCUGGAUCAGUCCACCAGUUCUUUGGAAGUACUGAGAGAACAUUCUUCUAGGAGUCUAGAGACCAGCAGUUCCUCCGACCAAGUCAGCCCUAAUUCAUAACUUGAACUAAAACUGUUCAUACCCAGGACAAUUUGGUAGUUG